GUGACAGGUAGAGUGACAGAGAUUUUCCCACCAUGGAGAAAGGGUUGUUGGUAAAGGAAACAGAGGAGGAGAACAGAGAAGAAGGAUGUGUUGGGUUUGUUCGAGAAGUGAAGAGGUUGGGUUACAUAGCAGGUCCUAUGGUGGCUGUGAAUUUGUCACAGUACUUUCUGCAAAUCGUUUCGAUCAUGAUGGUUGGUCAUUUGGGUCAGCUCUCUCUUUCCAGUACUGCUAUUGCCAUCUCCUUCUGUGCAGUCUCCGGCUUCAGUCUUAUUUUUGGAAUGGCCUGUGCACUCGAAACUCUCUCUGGGCAAGCAUACGGAGCUCAGCAGUAUCGACAGCUAGGACUACAUAUAAGCACUGCUAUCUUUUCUCUAAUGCUAGUUUGUCUCCCUCUAUCUCUUGUGUGGAUUUAUAUGGAGAAGAUACUAGUAUUGUUGGGCCAAGACCCUCUAAUUUCGCAUGAAGCGGGCAGGUUUGCAAGGAUGCUCUUACCUGCACUGUUUGCUUAUGCAGCUCUUCAGCCACUUUGUAAAUAUCUUCAGACACAAAGCUUAAUCGUUCCCUUGCUUUUAAGCUCUUGCGCCUGCGUGUGUUUCCAUAUACUUGUCUGCUGGCUUUUGGUGUUCAAGUCUGGCUUAGGAAACCUUGGAGCAGCUUUAGCCAUUGGUAUGUCUUAUUGGUUGAAUGUGGUUCUACUAGUACUAUAUGUGAAGUACUCCAGCACCUGUGCACAUACCAGGGUUCAAAUUUCUUUUGAAGUAUUUCAAGGCAUUGGAGAGUUCUUACGUUUUGCUAUUCCGUCUGCUAUAAUGAUUUGCCUUGAAUGGUGGUCUUUUGAGCUCCUUACCUUGCUGGCUGGUUUUCUACCAAAUCCGCGGCUUGAAACUUCAGUAUUAUCAGUUUGUUUGUCAACUAUCGCAUCACUGUUUACAAUUCCAGAAGCGCUAGGUGCCGCUGUAAGUACUAGAGUUUCAAAUGAACUAGGAGCUGGGAACCCACAAGCAGCUCGUUUAGCUGUUAUUGCUUCUAUGUUUCUUACCGUCUCAGGGUCAGUCAUUAUAAGCUCAACCGUCUUUGCCAGUCGAUCUGUUUUUGGCUACAUUUUCAGCAAUGAGAAGGAAGUUGUGGAUUAUGUCACUGCCAUUGCUCCUCUGCUUUGUCUAUCAGUUAUAACAGACAGCUUACACGGGAAUCUUUCUGGAAUUGCUAGGGGAUCUGGCUGGCAGGACUUGGGAGUGUAUGUCAACCUCGGAGCUUACUAUCUCAUUGGGAUUCCGGUGGCUGCCACAUUGGGUUUCUGGUUCGACUUCAGAGGAAGAGGCCUUUGGAUUGGAAUACUAGUUGGUUCUUUUCUGCAAGUGGUUCUUUAUUCUAUCAUAACAAGUUGUACAAACUGGGAAGAAAAGGCAAAGAAGGCGAGGGAGAGAGUAUUCGAGGGAAGAGCAGCUUUAGUAAGGUUGCAUUGUCUUUUCAGUACCUAAGCUGCUGUGAUACAGGAGAUGCUUUAGAGAGCAUGCAAAUUUGUUGCCAAUUGAGAUUUAAGAUUGCACUGAAGCAUUAGUAUAUAUCUCUGCCGGCAUCUUCAUUGAUCUGACCUACUAAUCUGUUGAGAUACACAUUGAUUUGAUUUACAUAAGGGGAUUAAGUACUCAAUAGAGUACUAGAAUUGCACCUUCUUGUAUUGCAUCCCUUUCUCCUUGAGGUGGACAUGGAACAGGAAGUUAUCAUACAAUUUUGUAAGCCUCAGUGGUAAAAUUAAGGAAAGUUAGUCAAGUAUGUAUUCUUUUUUUAUCUGCACAAUGCUUAGAUCAAAACUGGGAAUCUGAACUUGAUCACUAGCUGAUUUAUUGGCCCUUUCAACAAGUUUUGUGCAGUACAAGCCUCAAAGGCAGUUUAUAAAGCACUAGUGUUUCAACUUUUGGGGUAAGCAAAUGGCCAAUGGCCUUCUUCUUUUG